AUGGCUGCAGUUUCCAUGGCAACCGCGCUCCCCGCUAGGCCUCGACCCGGAAGGAAACGCAUCUUGCGAGGGCGGGCCAGCGAGUCGAGAUUGACUUCCGGGUCACGGCGGAGUAGGCUCUCACGUGGAGGCGGGGAAGUUUGGCCUACGGGAAUGAUCACUGAGACUCACAGAGGAGACCUGGGCCUUGGGCUCCCAGAGAAAAAGAGGAAGAAGAAGAAGGUAGUUAAAGAACCAGAGACUCAAUACUCGGCUUUAAACAGUGACAGUUAUUUUGUGGAGGUUUGUCCCACAAGAGCCACAUCACCCUCGAAGAAUAUGGUCCAAGAGCAGGCACCCGAAAUGCCUCUAAUGAAGAAAAAGAAGAAAAAGAAGGGUCACAGCACCGUCUGCGAGGAGCCCCUAGAACCUGAGACCACGUUACGUGCCAGACGGAUUGAGCCAUCGCCCAGCCCCAGGAAGCAGGCACUUGGUCCAUCUGAGUCCCUCGGGAGGGAAAAGAAGAAGAGAAGGUCCGUGUCCCCUGGCUCAAGGGUGAAGACCUCCCCAGACCCCAGGCAGGGCGAGCGGGUGACCAGCGUUGGCACGAAGCUCAAGAAACACAAGCAGGAGAAGAAGGCGCAGGGAGCUACAGCCACGGACCCUCGGUUCUGUGAGGCCAGGGAUGCUCUGUACACUUGCUCAGUUGGGAAAGGUGGCGUCCCUGAGCAGGCAGCCUCGGGACAGAAACGGAAGCAGGGGAGCCCCAGGGAGCACAGCAUGAAGAUGAAGAAGAAAAAGGAAAUCCACCGGGAGGGAGAUACCCCCCUGGGGCACCCCGAGCUCUCCAGGUCUGCGGAGAGCAGCCGUAGGAAAGGGAGUAAAAAGAAGUCGGUCAAAGUUGAAGCUCCAGAAUACAUCCCAAUAGGAGAUGACCCCAAGGCCCCUGAGAAGAAGAAAAUGAAGUCCAGGAAAAAGGCAGAGCAGGCAGACACUGAGGAGCCAGCUCAGACGAGGAAGAGGCAGAGGCAGGAGAGCAGAGUAGCAGGAGAACCUUGGGAGGAGGAGCCAGACACGGACUUGGAGGUGGUGUUGGAAAAGAAGGGCAACAUGGACGAAGCGCACAUAGACCAGGUGAGGCGAAAGGCCUUGCAGGAAGAGAUCGAUCGUGAGUCAGGCAGGACGGAAGCUUCUGACACCAGGAAGCAGACGGGAACUCAGUUUGGCCAAUGGGAUACUGCUGGCUUUGACAAUGAGGAACAGAAACUGAAAUUUCUCAAACUCAUGGGUGGCUUUAAAAAUCUGUCCCCUUCAUUCAGUCGUCCCCCUAACAUGGUCAGCAGGCCCAACAUGGCCCUCAGCAAGAAGGUGGCCGACACCCUGCAACAGAAUCUGCAGCAGGACUACGACCGGGCCAUGAGCUGGAAGUACAGCCGAAGGGCCGGCCUCGGCUUCUCCACAGCUCCGGACAGAAUCUUUUAUAUUGACAGGAAUGCAUCCAAGUCAGUCAAGUUUGAAGAUUAA